UGCUCAUUUCGAGAACGAAACUCUAAUUGCGAGCCGGAUCGUGGAUCGUCGUCGUGAAUCGGGUUGUUUGGAUUUUAGAUGUCGUUGUGAUUGUUUUCUCGUCGCAAUCAAAUCGCUUGAAUAAUAUUCGAAUUAUACAUUAGUAGCCCAUAGAUCUGAUCGGAAGUGUGGACUUUUCUCCCAUCGUUGUUACGUGACAGGUGUUGCAAUGUCUCAAUAAAAAGGCCACCUCGCUCACAGCCUUCGAUCGCAAGAGACGACGCCGACCGACGACGGUCGCCCAAAAAGCCGGUUAGACAUUGAAUUGGAAUCAAGAAUUUGGCCAUAACCGAGCACUGCGAACAUGGUCGAGAAGGCCUCGAAUGCGUUUACGCUGGAAAAGCUCCGAAAUCUGCAAUGGCAAAAAGUAUUUCAUAUGUUUUACGUAGAACCGGUUGUCUUCAUGCUGCUCUUCUCGCACACACUUUCGGGUACUAUCCAGCGCAACCAAGUCAUCUAUCAAACGUGUACCGUGAUUUUCCACUACAACGAAUCGGAUUGCAAGCAGUUGGACUCGAAGAAUGCCAGUUCUGAAAUAAAUGCCAUUGAAACGGAGGUUCAGCCCUAUGUGGCUAAUCUCUUUCUGACCAGAACUCUGCUGGAGAGCAUCGUUCCGGCGUUCUGUGGACUUUUCAUCGGAUCCUGGUCGGAUCACUAUGGACGAAAGCCUCUCCUAACUGUGUCCAUGAUAGGAUUCUCAUUGUCGUUUCUGAUGAUGGCUGCCAUCUGUGAACUGUCCAGCUAUUAUGUCAUCAAUCCCUGGUGGUACAUCCUGGCGGCAGUCCCCCACUCUCUCCUCGGAGGCAACUGCGUCUUUUCGGUGGCCGCCUUCUGCUUCAUUUCGGAUAUUACGGAUUGCAAGUCCCGGCCAUACCGCAUGAUCUUUAUGGAGUCACUAUUCUUCAUAGGCCUGACCAGCGGAUCCUUGCUCUCCAGCUUCGUUUAUGCCGCGGCUGGGUCGGCUGCCACCAUAGGAUUAUCCGGAUGUAUAGUGACCUUUGCCACGAUCUUUAUCAUAUUCUUUGUUCCGGAGAGCCUGCACUUCCGACAGGCUCUGGAGGCCAAGAACGCAGCGCUGGCCAAUGGCGGCAAGGAUGGCAAGGAGAAGGAUGUGCCAAUAACUGCCUGCGAUCUGCAACUGGAUCGCGUGGCCAUCGACUGUCCGCCCAAUUUCAUGGGCGACGAACAGCCGCAGAAGCCCAGCCCCUUGGAGAAGAACCGUGCGGUGUCCUGUGAGCUUCCCACUCCGGCCACGCCGGCGAUGAGCUUCGACGAGGAUCUGCUGGCCAAGUAUGUGGAGCGGCUGCCCCAGAAGGCGGAGGAGAAGCAGCGCAAGCAGGCGGAGGAGCGGGUUGAAAAGGCCGGACUGUUCAGCACCGUUCACAUCAAGGACAUGAUCAGCACCUGUUUCAAGCCGCGAGAGCACAAUGCCAGGGCCAUCAUCUGGCUCGUCACGCUGGCCAUGUUCCUGUCCAUUUUUGUUUUCGAUGGCGUGAUGACCGUCAUGUAUUUGUUUGUUCGCGAAAAAUUCCAUUGGACCGUGCGGGACUACACUUUCUUCGAGACAGUCAGCCAUCUGGUGCCCAUGAUUGGAGCCCUAAUUGGGUUCCUCAUUCUCCGAAAGGUUUUCCGACUGUCGGUAGUAACUUUAGCCCUGUUGGCCUUCUUUUCGGAGAUUGUUAAGAAUCUUGCCAAGGGCUUCGCCACCAUGCCCUGGCAUAUGUACCUCUCCGUGGCCCUGGGCGUCUUCCGGUCCAUAUCCGGACCCAUGUGUCGCACAAUUGUUUCGAAUAUAGUACCGCCCUCGGAUCUGGGUAAAAUUUUUUCCAUCAAAAAUGUUUUGCAGUCGUUCGCACCUUUCGUCGCCGCCCCCCUGUACACCUUUAUAUAUAAACGGUCCCUUACCACCUACCCGGGUCUGUUCAACUUCGUCAGUUCGUUCCUGUACCUCUUGUCGUUCGUGUUCAUCGGGUGCGUCUUGCGCAUCAAGUACAGGCACAAGCAGCACUACGCCAAGGUUCUCAAGUGAGACGGAUUCGAAAAAGUGGCCAAAUUAACAUGUGAUCGCCUGGAGCUAAGCUUAAAUCGUUUACGAGCGGAGCGAAUUUAUAGAAAACGAGUCUUCCGGACUGCUACGGAUCACCAGUCAUUGGUUAUGAAUCGAUUGUCUUUGACUUGUUUAUUUAUACGUAUUUUAAAAGCCUAGUUCUUGUUAGCUGCCGUAAGAUAUUGUUAAGUUUGUAUAUUAAAAUAGAACUUAGUUCUUCACCAAAUGGAA